ACAAUUUUGCUAGACAUUUUAAUUGUUUACAUUUAAACAGAAUUACAGAACAUCGUGGAGACAUCAUAACUGCAGAAGGGAAUCUGAAUAUAUUAUAAAGUUGGAGGUCUGCCCUUUCUGAACAAUUGGAUCAUAAUUUUAUUCCUGCAAAGUAGGUUUAUGUAUUAAGAUAAUGACAUCUAAAUAAGUGAGCUGCAAAAUAUUGAGUUACUCAGCUAAUCUAUCUGCUUUAAUUCUAUAACUUUGAAUUCUAAAAUUUUGACUAUGUCUGGCCAAUACAUUGUAAAAACUAGUGAUUAUAUCAACGUAGGUGUCACUUCUACAGAUGAUGGAGCUGCUUGUCUUUUGGAGAAGAGAUUUAAGAAAGAUCUUUCAGUUGGAGACCUCAAGGGUAAGUUGGAGUUGUUUACUGGAGCCCAGGCUGCAACAAUGACAAUAAAAGUUUACAACAAGGAUGAUGAACUUAUAUGUACACUGGAUAACAAUGAUGCUCUUGUAGGCUCAUAUCCAAUAGACGAUGGAAUGAGGCUCCAUGUUGAAGAUCCUUUUAUUUUAAGAAAAGAAAUUGAAGUUUCUGAUGUUGUUAAAUUUGAUAUUUCUGAAGAAGAAUAUGCAAAACGUGAAGAUACUGUUAAAGCUUAUCUCGAAAGGAAUAAACUUGGUAAAUACAAUAAAGAGGAAGUGGAAAAGAGAGAAAGAGAAAGAAAGCAAGAAGAAGAGGCAGAAGAAAAAUUAGCUCAAAAUAUUAAAGUUAACGACAGAUGUUUAGUAAAAGUUAUUGGUCAGCCUGAAAGAAGAGGUCAAGUUAUGUUUGUUGGCCAGGUAGAGUUCAAGCCUGGUUGGUGGGUUGGCAUCAAGUAUGAUGAACCUCAAGGCAAAAAUGAUGGCUCGGUUAAUGGAGUUCGCUACUUUGAAUGUCCUCCUAAAUAUGGCAGCUUCGUGAAACCUCAGUUUGUUGAAGUUGGAGAUUUUCCAGAAGAAGAAAUUGACUUGGAUGAGGAACUAUAGUGAUUUGGCACUGUUUGUGUUACAUUCCAAGAUAGAUAUAAUGGAUACAUAUAAAUGAAAUAGUUAUAUUUAUAUGCGCAUUAUAUAUAUAUGCGAAUAUAAAUGAAAUAGUUAUUAGUAUUUAUAACUUUUUCUAAUUUAUUUUAUCAUUAAUUAAUUUUUUUACUAACCUUUCACUAUUUUAAUAAUCUUAAUUUAUUCUUACAAGAAGUUUGAGAGGGGUUGUAACAAUUUGUCAUGCACCUUUUGUUUUCCAUUACUUAACCAUUUGUUUAUAAUUUAUAAUGUACAUUGUUGUGUUAAUUUUGAAAAAUUUUAUGAAAGCGCUGUUAAUGGUUGUGAUAAAUAUCAAUCUGCAUAUGUAUGCUAUUUUGAAUAAUUAAACUAAUUUGCUCUUAAA